GUACGUAAGAGGGUGUAUAGUAGAAUCCCCCUUUUGUUCCUCGGAGCGAAGAUUGAAGAAUAGUCAACGACUGCGCCUGAUCCAUACCAUCAUACCAUUACCAGUUCCUCUUCAAAUCAGUGAUUUGGCUUAUUUUCAAUGGCUAUGGCUGCAAAUGAGGAUGCGGCACAGGAUUUUGCACCAAAGAAAAAGCCACCUUCAGAGGAUGAGAAGAGGAAGAAGAAAAUCGUGCCUGGGAGUUUGAUGAAAGCUUUGGUGAGGCCUGGUGGGGGUGAUUCUGGACCUUCGGAUGGUGACCAGGUUAUCUAUCACCGCACGAUCCGAACAUUGGAUGGAGUACUUGUGGAAUCUACCAGAUAUGAUUGUGGAGGCAAGGGCACCCCGAUAAGACAUGUUUUGGGCAAAAGCAAGAUGUUAUUGGGCUUGCUAGAAGGGAUUCCUACCAUGUUGAAGGGUGAAGUGGCAAUGUUCAAGAUGAAGCCUCAGUUGCAUUAUGGUGAGGAUGAUUGUCCUGUUUCUGCUCCUGAUGGUUUUCCUAAAGAUGAUGAACUUCAUUUUGAAAUUGAGCUGAUAGAAUUUUUCAAAGCCAAGGUUGUUACUGAUGAUUUGGGAGUUGUGAAAAAGGUAGUAAGUGAAGGGCAGGGGUGGGAAUCUCCAAGAGAACCUUAUGAAGUGAAGGCUUGGAUUUCAGCGAAGACAGUUACUGGGAAAUUGAUCAUGUCACAUACAGAAGGAGAACCAUACUUCUUUACAUUUGGAAAAUCAGAGGUACCUAAAGGUCUUGAAAUGGCAAUAGGAACAAUGGUUCGGGAAGAGAAGGCUGUUAUUUAUGUUACCAGUCAGUAUUUAACCGAAUCUCCUUUGAUGCGUGUAGCAGAUGAUUAUGAUGAAGUCCAUUUUGAAGUGGAGCUUGUUCACUUUAUUCAGGUGAGGGACAUGCUUGGAGAUGGACGCCUAAUAAAACGCCGAAUUCGUGAUGGGAAAGGUGAUUUUCCGAUGGAUUGUCCACUUCAAGACAGUCUACUUCGCGUUCAUUAUAAGGGCACUGUUCUUAAUGAAGAAAAGAUGGUAUUUUAUGAUACGAGAGUAGACAAUGAUGGUCAACCAUUGGAGUUCUGUUCUGGAGAAGGGCUUGUACCGGAAGGAUUUGAAAUGAGCGUUCGUCUGAUGCUUCCUGGAGAGAUAGCUCUAGUCACAUGUCCACCUGACUAUGCUUAUGAUAAGUUUCCAAGGCCUUUAAAUGUCCCCGAGGGUGCUAAUAUUCAAUGGGAAAUUGAGCUUCUUGGUUUUGAAACACCAAAGGACUGGACUGGAUUGGACUUUAAAAGUAUAAUGAACGAAGCUGAAAAUAUCAGAAAUACGGGUAACAGACUGUUCAAGGAAGGAAAAUAUGAACUUGCCAAGGCAAAGUAUGAAAAGGUGCUUCGAGAAUUUAAUCAUGUUAAUCCACAAGAUGACGAAGAAGGAAAAGUUUUUGCAGAUACACGGAAUUUGCUGCACCUGAAUGUUGCUGCAUGCCUUCUAAAGUUGGGAGAAUGCAAAAAGUCCAUUGAGAGUUGCAAUAAGGUUUUGGAUGCAAAUCCUGCACAUGUGAAGGGUCUUUAUCGUCGUGGAAUGGCUUACAUGGCUGCUGGAGAUUUUGAAGAAGCAAGGGCAGAUUUCAAAAUGAUGAUGAAAGUUGACAAAUCAACAGAAUCAGAUGCAACUGCAGCUCUUCAAAAAUUGAAACAGAAGGAGCAGGAAGUCGAGAAGAAAGCUAGGAAACAAUUUAAAGGUCUAUUUGACAAGAAGCCUGGAGAAAUUGCAGAAGCUAAAGCUGAUGUAGAUGGAGAUCAGAUAACAAGAGAAACCCAGAUGGACAAUGAAGUACAUGAGGACUUAGAUGGAACAAAUUCAGAGGCGUCACAUGAAGCACCACCGGAGGCUCAACCAACUGGUUGGUCUCUCUCUUUUGGCCUUCUGGCAGAAGAUUUUUUGAAUCUCUUGGGCUUAAUAGAUGUACCAUACUAUAAUUCAACUUAAAACGUGGUAGUUGGUCAUAAUACAGUUUCUAAAGAAGGCAUUCCAGGCCAUUUUAAUACACUGGCACUUAUAGAAUGGGUUCAAGUAUUUGUAACUUUUAUCUUACCAUAUGAUGUCUUCUGAAAGAUUUUUUUUUUACCAGCUUUA